AUGAAGGAAUGCUUUCAAGUGCCUAUUUAUUUUGCUAUCGAAAGCGAUGCACUCGAAAAUAUGUACACUGAGCUGCGGGAGCUGUCUCGUGGUACCGAUAAGUCAAAUGGUCCAAGCUACCGUGCCUACGUUGAUGCCCCAAGUGCUCAUUCUUUGCAAAACGUGGAGUUGAUUAACAUCGAGGGCAAACUUAUCGCAAACCAAUUUGAUGUCAAGAAGCCCACAGUUAUUCUGGCCGCCCAUUAUGACGCUGGUGGUGCUAUUCCGUCUCUUGCUUAUGGAGCAAACUCAAACGCAGCUGGCGUUGUUGUUCUCCUAGAAGUAGCACGGAUACUAUCUCAGCUAACAAACUCCAGAAAUGUGCCAAAACAUAACAUCAUGUUUCUUCUAACUGGAGGUGGGAAAUUCAACUACUUGGGUUCGAAGCGUUGGUUGGAAAUGAUAUCUGAAGACACCUCUGGCAUAGCUCUCUUUGACUCAAUCGAACAAGUGAUAAAUCUGGAGGGCCUUGGUGUAAAUGAGGAAAAAAACUUGUAUUUUCACGUUUCGCGACUUCCCAAAGAGGGCACUUUUAGCCAGCGCUUACUUUCCUCCCUGGAGCUUGCCAGCAGUCUACACCCGCUCUCCAACUCGACGAUGUCGUCCACAGUCGAAGUUGUGCAUAAGAAGAUUAACUUGAACCAAUACGAUCUGGCUUGGGAGCACGAACGCUUUGCUCUUUAUCGCCUGCAUACAGCUACGCUUUCCGCGUGGUCAAGUUCAACGAGCUAUCAGCUUCGCAACUCAGUCCUUGAUGGAGGUCCUCUGUGGAGUCCUAGAAGUGGUUGGCACGGUUACUGGGGUCCCGUAUUGCCGAAAGUAAUUGCUAGGAACGCUAGAGUUUUGUCGGAAGCUCUAGUGCGGCUGACGUUUGAUACUGAUGCUGCAGCACCAUUCUCGAAAGACUUUCCUAUCAUCGAUCCUUCCUGGUCGACAGAGACGUCUUCUGGGGCUCUCUUGGAUCUCCUUACUCUCAGUCCUCGCAGCACUCAGUUGCUCUCAGUACCCUCUGGUCGUCCCAAUCGAAAGCCAUCCAAAGUUAACACUCUCAUCUACGCCUUAGAGCAAUACUUGCGUUCUUUCCUGCCCGAGGUUCGCAUCACUCGACAUCAUUUCUUGGCAAAACAAGCAGCUUCCGCCGAUGGAAAUAGUAUAGUCCCCGCCAAGUUAGUCCAGCAUGAGUCAGGAUCUGCGGUUACUGCUUCUACACCUACGCUGUCGGCUGCUGGAAGAGACCCAGAAAUAGUAUUCUACACUGAAGUCUCACCGCAGAAAAUCAUUAUAUACCGCGCAGACAGUGCCCAGGUUGGCUUGGAUGUGGAGUCACUUAGAUGCAUUGAAGACCGCUCGGUCAUUAAGCGAUGCACAAAGUGGCGAGUGGUGUAUGCUGUUGAGUAUAUGGGCAGACGGCUGCGAUUGGAUCGGUAUGACGCUGUGCAUAGGAACUCGACUAGCGAUAUCGAACCGAUAGAUCCAGAGCGAGCCUUAUGGCUGCGACAAGCGAUAGAGUCUGUGACAGUCGAUUUGGCUGCAGAGAUGCGGAAGAGGAUUGCUGCUAUCAUCCAAAACGUUUCUUCCUCUGAUCCCGAAAGUUUGGUUGAGGAAACCACUUCGGCUUUAGACGACCUUAUCGACUUUACUGAAGAUGUGAACUUAGCCGAUACUUUCUUAAAAAUAGGAGGGAUUGCCCUCCUUAAAGCUUUGCUAGCAUUUCCGUCUGGCGCUUAUCGCGCUCAAUCAGGAAUGCUUCUUUCAAACGUUGUGCAAAACCAUGAGGAUGCUCAGAAGGUUGCAAUCAAUGAAAACCUAUUGAAUUUGGUUCUUCAACUCCUUAUUGAAGACACAGAUCCUGGAAAUAUGAGUGGCUUGCUGUCGGGUAUUUCGUCACUGGUUCGUGGAAGCGAACUGUCUCAAAGGCGUUUUAUUCAAUGUAAGGGAUUCGAUCGUCUUUUUGAACUGUUGGAGAAAACAAGUCGAGUGAACGAGCAAGAAAAAUAUGAGCGUUUUAACGAGAAGGCAUCCUUUUUCAUAUACUGCCUCUGUCAGGAGCUCUCUGAUGAGCAACUUGUAACUUUAAAGAACUUUCACCUUUCGGAGCGAAUUACUCAACUCAUUCUCCGCCUUCAUUUACCAUCUGAGUUCCUUGUCAAAGCAUUGGUGCUACUUUUAAAUGGUCGCGUUUCCACUCUCAUGCACUCACCCUCUGAUCCAAUUUCGAAUCCUUCCUCUCUUGUCAAGGAACCAAUCUCAGAGGAUUCUCGCAAACGGCUUCUGGACUGGCUAAAAUUGGCAAAGGUUCAAGACGAAACACUCAUUAGCGCGGAUGCCCGACAAGCCCUCACAAACGCACUACUUUAA